ACACUUAUUCUUAUUUAUAGAUAUACCUUUUCUUAUAAAAUAUAUGACAACUAUUCGUUUUCAACUAAAAACCAUAGAAUUUCCCAUAAUAAAAAUCUGUAUAGAUUUUACACGUGAUCGAACUUUCGCUAUUUUUUUGUGUGCCAUAUUUAUUUUUGAUUGUAUGUUUACAUUUUGAGAACAUAAAAAUACAGGUUAAAAAAUCCUAAUAUUGUGUUUAUCAUAACUUAGCAGCAUCAAGCUUGGUCAUUGCCCUGAAGAAACAUGUCUCGUCGAAGUACGAUAUAUAGGACAGGAAUACUGACCAAUCGUCGGAUCAAUCAGAUCUCACUGCAACUGGAUGCGUUCCCAUUGUUGGAUUCUAAAGAAAUAACGAUAUGUUUACAAAGUUGUGAUUUCAUAGCAUCAGAAGAAUUAGUAUCAAAACCAACUAGUUUGUUUAUUAGGUCGUUGUUUGAACAGUUCCUUGAUACAUUCAUGGGGUUGUCUCCCGAUUCAAUAGAAAAGAAAGUUAAAAGCUUGGGGAAAACAGGAAUACCACCUCCUUCAGAUCAUAAUAAUGGUGGUUCAUCUCAAUUAAAUGGGCAUACAAGUAAUGGUAAUGGGAUUCAUAUAGAAGGGGAACAAGGACAAGAAGAACCCAAUGAAAAUGAUGACGAUGACACUUCUCCAGCCCUUCACUUGAUUGUACUUCAUAGAGCUGCAUACAAAUUUUUACAAGGAUGUGGAAUAUAUGAUUUAACAUUAAUGGAUAUAAUCAGACCUGAUGCAAGUAAAAUAAGAAGAAUCUUAAGUGCUGUGGUCAACUUUGCUCGAUUUAGAGAACAACAUUCUCAAGAAUGUGAACAAUUAGUGUUGGAUAGUGAAGCAAAUUUAGAAAAUGUACGAAAAGUUCAAAAUGAAAAUGAUAAAAUAGUCAAUCAAAUUCAAGGUAUUAAACGAAAAAUAGAACAAGAUUCAAGUCAACCUGAAAAGAAAGCCACAUUAAGUCAAGUCAAUUUAUUCAAUUCCAAGUUAGAAGCAGAAUUAAAGAAACUUAAGAAACAACAAGAAAUAGUAACCCUCGAACAUAAACAGUAUAAAGAUGAAAAAUCACGAUUAAUUGAGAAGUUAGAUGACGUUCAAUAUUUAUAUUUUGAAUCCUCCAAAGAAUUAGAAAGAUUUAAAGCAUAUUCCGAAACUGAUUUAAAUGUACUUAAUAAGAUCUUAAAUGAUUUAAGAUUACAAUUACAAGAAUUACAAUCUACAUAUAAUGAUUUUGAUAAACGAGAUCAGAAUUUAUUAAUCACUAUUGAUUCAAUUCAAGUCAUUGAAAGUGAAUUAAAGAAUUUAUUCCGAAUCCUAGAAGAAAUAACGAAUGAUAUUAAUAAAGAACGAACUUCAUUAGUUAGAUUAACUGAAAGUCAAGAAUAUUUAGAACAAUUGAAUUUACAAACCAAUGAUUUAUCAAGACAAAUACAUCAAGUUGAAAGACAGUUGACUAAUAUGCAAGAGAAAACAGAUAAAUUAAAAGUCCAAGCUGAUGAAAGAGUUACCAAAAGUCAACAACAAUUGAGUAAAUAUCGUGAUGAUUAUACUAAAUUGAUUGAACAAAGGAAUUUAAAAGAAGAAGAAUAUAAUAAAAAGAAAGAAUUAAUCAGUGAAAUUGAAAAUAAUAUCAAUAAAAAGAAAUCAGAACAUCAAUUAGAGAUUAGGAAUACUGAAUUAAAAGUUACUAGAUUAAAUGCUCAAAUUAAAUUAUAUUUAGAUGAAGUUGGCAAAAAAAUAUUAAGUUAAUUGAUAAAGAUUAAUUAUGUAUGUAUAUUAGUGUAUUCUAUCACCG